UCCACCAAUCACGUUGUGCAAAGCGUACUAAGCUGACGUCAGCCCCGGUACCGAUGAACCACCGGUAGCUCAGAGAAGAUUCUAGUGCUCUCUAUCGUUUCUGGCGUUGUCCGCGAAUCCACCCUUCCUUUACCUGUGCCAGAAUCAUGCCUUUCGAUGUUAGGAGGUUCGACAUCUACAGGAAAGUGCCCAAAGAUCUCACCCAGCCCACGUACACAGGCGCUUUCAUUUCCAUCCUGUGCUGCGUCGUCAUACUCUUCCUCUUCCUCUCGGAGCUGACAGGAUUCAUAGCCACUGAAAUUGUAAAUGAACUGUAUGUGGAUGAUCCCGAUAAAGACAGUGGUGGGAAGAUAGAAGUGAGUUUAAACAUCAGUUUGCCAAACUUACACUGUGAUUUGGUGGGUUUGGACAUCCAAGAUGAGAUGGGGCGCCAUGAAGUCGGCCACAUUGACAACUCCAUGAAGGUUGCACUCAACCACGGAGCCGGUUGCCGCUUCGAAGGGGAGUUCGCCAUCAACAAAGUGCCAGGAAACUUCCACGUGUCCACACACAGUGCCACGGCCCAGCCCCAAAGUCCCGACAUGACUCACACGAUCCACAAGCUGGCAUUUGGAGAGAAGCUUCAGGUGCAAAAAGUCCAAGGCGCCUUCAAUGCUUUAGGAGGAGCGGAUAAACUGGCAUCGAAUCCUCUGGCCUCACAUGACUACAUCCUGAAGAUCGUGCCAACAGUUUAUGAAGAUCUGUCGGGCAAACAGAGGUUCUCCUACCAGUACACGGUGGCCAACAAGGAAUAUGUUGCGUACAGCCACACGGGCAGGAUCAUCCCGGCCAUCUGGUUCCGAUACGACCUCAGUCCAAUCACAGUCAAGUACACAGAGAGGAGGCAGCCCCUUUACCGCUUCAUCACCAGUAUCUGUGCCAUCGUUGGAGGGACGUUUACAGUGGCGGGCAUCAUUGAUUCCUGCAUCUUUACCGCAUCAGAGGCCUGGAAGAAGAUCCAGAUUGGAAAAAUCUCUUAGGACCCAACCUCAAACGCCCCCCCCCCCACCCACCCUCACGCUAUUAUUUAUAUGUACAAAAUAGCCUGUUAGCUCAAUCCAAUCCUGCUCGUAGCGAAUGUACCCUGGUGCUGAGUGAAGGUGCUUAAAGCACCUAAUCUAACGUUCAGGCUAGUGGCUCUCAUCUCGGUUAGCGACGCUGCCCUCGGGCUCGGUCUCCUCUGGUGAAGUGUGGCUCAUGCAGACUAUUACAUGUCCGCCUCCUCUGGCCAACUUUAGAAUGAGUCGGGCGUCAGCCUAAGUGAGCUACAGAUAUAGACUUUUUUUUUUAUAACAUGAAAUUUAAAUGUAAAAUGUGAUUGUGCUUUUCGAGUUUCCACAAGCAUCCCAUGUUUUGAUUCGUGCCAUCCACAAGAAGCAGUUCUGUGUUUACCUGCAAUUACAAGCAAUUGGAAAUUUGCAAUUAUACUCCUGCCCAAACUAAGAAAAAAAAUUCAGUGACUUGGCAAGUUUUUCAGCAACUUCUAAGAAUAAGUUCCACUGCCAAAAAUGAGUGGGUUGGUAAAUUUCACAAAUGGAAAACUGCAUUUCACAGUCAAUUUCACAGUAUUUACACAUUUUCACUUGACAUACCAAUGCCCUUUUUGGAUGCUUUUACCAGUUCAUGACUGCCAUCCAACAUUUUUUUCCCCCUUUUUAUUUCAAACCAGUUUUGGUAACUUGUUGUCUAUAAUGUUAUGCUGUAUUUUUAGUUUUAGUUUAAAAAGAAAAAAAAACCAAGAACAAUUAAAGAAUAAUAUUAAGGACUAUGAAAUUCUUUUUUUUCUCGUUAAACCUCAACAGUUUUACAAGUAUGAAGUCAUAUCUUUCAAGAACUUGCAAUGUUUCAAAUAAAAAAAUCCUAACCUAUGAGUAUAAAGUUUCAAUAUUAGGAAAAACUCAAACAUAGGCUCUCUGAGAAUAAAGUCCUAAUAAAAUAAUGAUGGCGUGAUGAAGGGGACUGUUAAGAAAUGUGUGUGUUAAAACUUUCACAGAUAAUUAAAUAGUCAAUGUUUAGGUUUUAAACAUGUCUGUACAAAGGAAAAAACAAAAAUGACUUUGCUGAAGUGACCCUUUCCCCCUGCUUCCAUAAGGACAUGGAAAGUCUCCACAUCAAAAUAAAAGCUGUUGGGCUUUAAAUGGUUUGGGCUACCUGUUUAAAAAAACGACUUUUCCCCCCUUUUCUGUAUGAUUGUAAUGUUCAUUCAUAGAUUUGCAAGUGUUUCAAGUGAAAAACAAGUACUGUCCUGUCUGUUUCUUCCUAUUCAUUGACGGAACGCUUAUCUAACAAACAAAAAAAAGACUGAGGUCACCCAUUUCCCAUUUUGUAUCAGAUUCUUGUGUUUGAUAAAGGUGCCAAUGAAGUUACUGUCACACUUCAUUGAUUUUGAUGAAACGAGGUACUAUUUAUUGUUGCCUUUUUUUUUGGUCAACUCUGUAAUCUCUUUGAGAAAACAAAAUUUCAGGUCCCAUUCACAAUAUGGUACUUUUGUAGUCUGGAACACAGACUAGAUGUUUCAUUUCAUAAUAAAAGCUCAGAUGCCAAA